AUGUCUCAAUCUGCUCAAAAAGCCGUUUCUCAAAGUGUGAUGCGUCGUUUCAUGAAUAAAGAAACCUUGAAGUACGUUUUCACCACGCAUUUCUGGGGCCCAGUGUCGAACUUUGGUAUCCCAUUAGCUGCGAUUUAUGACCUGAAAAAAGACCCAGAAAUGAUCUCUGGGCCAAUGACCACUGCCCUGAUCAUGUAUUCGGGUGUUUUCAUGAAGUUCGCACUCACGGUGCAGCCCAAAAACUAUUUAUUAUUCGGAUGCCACGUCGUCAAUUCUCUGGCCCAGACAGGCCAGGCAAUGCGGUUUGUCAACUUUCAUUAUCUCGGCGGUGCGGAGAAAAAAGCCAAGCAUGAGGCGGCAGUGGUCCCUGCUCCCGCUCCAGCUGUGGAAUAG